AUGGGCGUUUUUGACGCCAUUCGGGGUCGCGAUGACGGCGGAAAAUUGACGAGGACACUUGUCGAUGCACAGAAUAUCUCGGGCCCAGAGGACAAAAAGGACCACACGGCCUCUUCAACUGCGGACAAUAAUGAGCCAGGAUCAAUUAAAGAUAAGGCCGAGGGUCGCCAUACCAGCACUCUCAGCACUUCAGAUGAGAUCAAUGGGGCGGACUACGAUGAAAGGGAAACCGACCGCGACCCGGGUCAUGUCACCGACCAGGUUGAUUUGGGUCAGCAAAAGGCAGAAGCCGCAGCUCUGGUUUGGAGCCGACCCGUCGCAUUCAUGAUCUAUGCGUGGAUCUGGAUUUGUUUCUUCAUGCUGGCCUUGAGUUCAUCAAUUGGCAGCAAUUUGAUCAAUUACGUCUUUUCGGACUUCCACCUUGCACCACAAGUCACUACAUCAUACAUUCUAUCUGCGGUUAUUGGUGGAGUUCUGAAACUGCCGCUAGGUAAGACGCUGCAGCUCUGGGGCCGGGCAGAGGCUCUCCUCUUUUCGACUUCUAUAUAUAUGUUGGGGAUGAUCAUUUUGGCGGCGUGCAAUGGUGCAAAUGCGUUCGCAGCCGGAUAUGUUCUUUACUGGGUCGGAUACAACUGCACGUACCUGAUCCUGGACAUCUUCGUUGCUGACACCUCUGGAAUGCGCUCUCGUGCAUUUGCAUUUGCAUUCGCAUCAACCCCAUUCAUCUGUACUGCCUUCACUGGCCCUCUCGCCGCCACUUCGAUUCGGGUAAAUUUUGGCUGGCGCUGGGGUUAUGGGAUUUUUUGCAUCGUUCAGCCCUUCGUCCUUUGUCCCCUGGCCGUCGUGUUGAAAUACUAUGAGCGCAAGGCGGUUCGAAUGGGUGUCUGGGAACGCCGGUCGACUGGCCGUACCAAAAUCCAGUCAAUUAUCCACUACAUCCACGAAUUCGACGUGAUUGGCGCGCUCUUACUUAUGAUCGCUUGGGUGCUCUUCCUCCUUCCAUUCAGCCUGGCCCAGUAUGGUCUUGCUCAAUACAAGAGCGCCAGUUUUAUUGCCAUGGUAGUUAUCGGAUUCUGUAUGCUGUUCGUCUUUGCGGCAUGGGAGAAGUGGGGUGCUCGUACACACUUUAUUCGAUACGAACUACUCCGAAAACCCACUGUCAUGGGUGCAUGUGCUUGCUCUGCGAUCAUUUAUUUCAGCUUCUACCUCUGGGACCAGUAUUUUUUCAACUUUGUGAGCAUCACCUAUAAUCUUGACUCGACCUUGACCGGAUACGUCAGCCAAAUUUAUAACGUUGGCUCUUGCUUCUGGUCUCCCAUUCUCGGUCUUUAUAUCUGGUGGACCCGGCGAUUCAAGUAUGGGGGGGACCAUGGGAUUGGCUUCCUUAUCAUGUCUCAGAUUUUUAUCGCCUUCGCUGGUGGCACCAUGGUGAUCGGCGAAGAUAUGGCUGUCAUGGCUAGUGGAGGCCGUGAGGGUACCCCGAUCAUGCUGGCCUUGAUUGGUUUAUCUUCAAGCAUUGGUGGUGCGAUCGGGUACGCCGUUUGUGGUGCAAUUUACAACAAUGUCUUCGUCGGGGCUCUAAGAAGUCAUUUGCCUGAUGAUUUGAAAGCCAAUGCCACUCAAAUUUACACUGCAGGUAUUCAAGUCCAACAAACAUACCCCGUGGGAUCUCCGAUACGCGAUGCAGUUGUUUACGCCUGGAGUUACUCCCAGAAGAUGAACUGCAUUGCCUCAACCUGUGUCCUGGUUUUGCUUAUCCCAACGGUCGCAGUAUGGAAGAAUUACGAUGUCGGGAAGAAGCAGAACAAGGGUACCAUGGCUUUCAAGUAA